UCGCAAUUCACGACCUUGGAAUAUAGUAUCUACGCUCGAGUCCACGUCUCGCACUGCCAUGGCUGUCCCCAUAGCCACCAUCGCCGAGAGCAAGGAGCUCCGCGGCCUCAACCUCAUCGCGGCACAUUCACACAUUCGCGGCCUCGGUGUCGAAUUAGAUACUCUCGAGCCCAAGCCGUCGUCUCAAGGACUGGUCGGACAGGAGAAGGCGCGCAAGGCCGCCGCCGUGAUACUACAGAUGGCCAAGGAGGGCAAGAUCGCAGGUCAGGCGGUCUUAAUUGCAGGUCCUCCGAGCACAGGGAAGACUGCCAUCGCGAUGGGUAUGGCGCAGUCGCUGGGUCCAGACGUUCCCUUUACAAUGCUCGCAUCAUCUGAAAUCUUCUCGCUCGAGAUGUCAAAGACGGAGGCUUUGACACAGGCGUUCCGAAAAUCUAUUGGGGUCCGGAUAACAGAAGAGAGCGAGGUUAUCGAGGGAGAGGUUGUGGAGAUUCAGAUCGAUCGUAGCGUCACUGGUGGCAACAAACAAGGCAAGCUUACGAUUAAAACAACCGACAUGGAGACCAUCUACGACAUGGGAACUAAGAUGAUUGACUCCAUGACCAAAGAAAAGAUCAUGGCGGGUGACAUCAUCUCUAUCGACAAGGCAUCAGGGAAGAUUACGAAGCUGGGGCGAUCGUACACGCGGUCGAGAGAUUAUGAUGCCAUGGGCGUAGACACCAAGUUUGUGCAGUGUCCGGAAGGGGAGCUUCAACAACGGCGCGAGGUAGUGCACACGGUGAGUCUUCACGAAAUCGAUGUGAUAAACUCGCGGACCCAAGGGUUCCUGGCUUUAUUUUCGGGCGACACAGGGGAGAUCCGAAGUGAGGUCCGGGAUCAGAUUAAUACCAAAGUUGCUGAGUGGAAGGAGGAGGGCAAAGCAGAGAUUGUACCGGGCGUACUGUUCAUCGACGAGGUCCACAUGCUCGACAUUGAAUGCUUUUCCUUCAUCAACCGUGCACUGGAAGACGAACUGGCCCCUAUUGUCAUCAUGGCAAGCAACAGAGGUAACGCACAUAUCCGAGGUACGGAUUACCGAUCACCACACGGUUUACCACUGGACUUCCUCGAUCGGGUUGUCAUUGUGAGCACGCACCCAUAUUCCAAGGAGGAGAUGCAGCAGAUUAUUUCAAUACGAGCUCAGGAGGAAGAGGUGGACAUCUCGCCAGAUGCUCUAGCGUUGCUCACAAAGAUCGGUCAGGAGACUGGCCUGAGAUAUGCGAGCAACCUCAUCACCACCUCAUAUUUACUAAGCCAGAAGAGACAGAAUGCAUCGGAAGUCAACAUCGAUGAUAUACGGCGAAGCUUCGAUCUCUUCUACGACCCCACAAGAAGCGUGAAGUUUGUAACCGAGUCCGAGAAACGUCUUAUAGGCAACGCCGGCGAUGUAUCCUUCGCCAUCACGAAUGGCACAGACGCUAUGGAUGUCUCGUAGACAACGCCAUUUUCUUUCAACAGGCGUAUGAAGGUUCUGGGCUGGGCUUAGCGUUUGGGCAUAGAACAUCUCCUUGUGGGUUAGGCAAAAGUUUGCGCGGUGUACUGUAAUACUAAGUGCUCCGUCUUCAUCAAUGGGAGUGGGCAUGUUCGUACAUUCGUACAACACCCUUCG